AUGGUGGAUGGUCAGGAGAUCAACUUAGGGCUAUUUGCUGAUGAUUUAACAAGGUUUUUGAAGAACGACAAAUCUCUAAUAAAGUUCCUCGAACUUGUGUUGCUGUUUGGUAAAUGCUCUGGUCUCGUUAUAAAUCAUAAUAAGUCGGAAAUAUUGUUACUUGGAAACUCUUUCCCCGCGCCCCCCCCCCCAACCUUAAUCAUACUCCUUUUAAAGACCUAAAGAUAAAGAUUUCCGUAAAGAUUUUAGGGGUAUAUUUCACGUAUGAUCGCCGUCUCAGACGCAAACUUAAUUUCGAUGAAAUUACAAAAACCAUUAAGGAUAAGUUAAGAAUUUGGAAAUAGAUGGAUCUUACUAUCAUUGGUAGAAUUCAACUGGUCAAAACAUUUAUUAUCCCCACUUUCUUAUACCGUGCUAGCUUAAUUUGUAUGGAUAAGGAAUUUGUAAAUGAAGUAAACAAACUUAUAUUUGACUUUAUCUGGAAAGGUAAAGACAAAGUGAAACGUCGUGUGCUCGUUGGGGACAUUGAAGAUGGAGGAUUGAAAGCUCCACACUUGGAUUCUAUUAUUAAACCUCAAAGAAUAUUAUGCUGUAAAAAGCUCGCGAGUAAAGACCUUAGUAGCUGGAAAAUUAUUCUUCUUCAUUACUUAACACUAGUAGGUGGCAAAUUUAUCCUUGGCUGCAACUUCGAUGUAAAAAAGCUGCCUAUCAAGCUUCCGGGUUUUUAUGAGGAAUGUUUAAAGGAUUUCUCGCGAUGCUCCGCAGCAAACAAGGUUAGUCUAGACAGUAUUAAUACAGUGGAUAUUUCAAAGAUCAUUCUGUGGAAUAAUUGUUAUAUCUUAAUUGGUGGCAAAACCGUUUUCAACAAAAGAUUGGUAGAUAAAGGAAUUGUAAGAAUAGGGGAUCUUAUUACUGUAAACAAUGAAAUCAUUAGGAGCAAGCUAAGGGAGUUAAAUUUAUCCCCAUUGGACGCAUUUCAACUUUUUUCAGUGAUCGACGCACUCCCGAAGGACUGGCGUCAUGCGUUGAAGAGUUAUGGAUAUGAUCGCCUUGUUUUUUUCGAUCUUCACGAGCAGACUCAGUUGUUUUUAUCUGGUAAAGAUGUUUUAUUAAGUAAUGCUGACUCAAAAGGCAUCUAUGUUGAAUUUUUUGAAAAGGAUUAUUUAAACUGGAAAGAAAUUUACAGCUUACCCUACCAGGUUGCCCUUGACACUAAGUCACGUGAAUUUCAAUAUAAAUUGUUACACAGAUAUCUGGCCACCAAUGAUUUUUUAAACAAAAUUGGUAUUUCUUCAUCACCACGAUGUUCUCUGUGC